UGCGGUCACUCUUCAGUAUCUUGUUUUCGAUCGUCGAUCGUUGCGGUUGUUUCGCAUCUUCUCUCCGUUAUCGUUGUUUUUUCGUUGUUAUCCGUCGGUUUCUUUUAGCGGAGUUUGUUUUCAGUGGAUUUGUUCUGUUUUCGUUACGCUUUUUUUUUCUGUGCUAUGAGUUGCACGCACGCGCAGGCAACAAAAUAAUCAAAGAAAAUAAAACAAAAAAACGUUGCAAGUUGCAGCGUUCUUUGACGUCGACGCAGCGCAGGCGCAGCACCAGCAGAACAACGAAUCAAAUGGAAUUGGAUUUCGCCUCAACGCGCAAUUAAUUGGAAUUACAUUCAACGGGAAGUGAGUUAAUCUACUUGGGAAACGCUUUGUUUUUUAAUUUUAUUGGCUACGCAAACUGGUGGAAAAUUGUGGCAAACUUGUGUCGUCCCCCCAACUGUCAUUGUCUUUGGCAUUGGGCAACAUUUUAAUUGAAAAAGUUUUGCCAACUCGCACGCAGGGAGAGAGAUGACUGUGAAAUUGGCCAAGCUGUUUGGUGGCGUCACCGGCGGCAGUGAAGUACUGGACUCUUCGGGCAGCCACCAGCAACACCAGGAGCAACAUCACCAGCAGCAACAGCCACCGCUGCUGGCUGCACCGCAACAACACUUGCAACAGCCACCACCUCUGCCGCCACCGAAUGCGAAUAUGAAGAGCCUAAAGUAUUACGAACACCUGCAGGCCACCUAUGACUGCCACGAUCUGAUGGAUCAGGAUCAGGAUGACUACGAGGACACCUGUAUGCAGAGGAAUCAUCCCUACAACAACUCCCAGAGGCCACUCUUGGGCGAUAGGCGACCCCAGCUCACGGUGAUGAGUGUGGGCAAGAAGGGCGGAAAGUCUGGGAUGCCACAGCAGAAUCAGCCACUGGCACCACUGCCUCCGCUAAGGAGCUACAUCUCACCCUAUGUGCAGCAGCAGAAGCGGGACAGUGCCAAGGGAUUGCAUGGAUUCAAUGACUUCGAUGCCCUGUCCCAGCAGUACAACCAGCACCUACAGAGUCCUCACAUUGGCUAUCCUUAUGGCAGUCCACCCUCGCCCACGGCUCAGUCCAGUGACUUUUGCUUCGAUCGGCAAACAGGAUUGGUCAUGUUACCCGGUGCCGGCGGCCAGGUCAUCUCAAGCAGUUCCAGCAACUGCAGCAGCUCACACACCACCUCCACCUCUUCGCCCACCAGAUAUUAUCCAGAUAAUUCCGGCAAUUCCAUGCUAUAUCCUUCACGUUUCGAGGAUGACUUCUGCAUGCGUCGUCCUGCCGUGCUGGAAAGCCCGGCAAUAAACGUCACAGCAGCUGGAGGAGGACCCUUCAUCUUUGGCAUUGCACCAGAGCAACAGGUCACGGAUUAUGGAAGCAAUCCGCUGCCACCAACGCCCCCGCAGCUGAAACAACAAUCUGUGAUUAGCCGAAGUCCUUUGCAACAAUCGCUGAGCGACACCAGUGCCGCCAGCAGUGGCAAGGGCUCCAAAUUCUUAUUGCGUAAGCGUAAAUCAAAGAAGACAACCGCAGCAACAGCAGCCGCAGCAGCAGCAACAGCAAGAGCGGCAACAGCUGAGGCCGCAACGUCGGCCAAAAAGGGUGGCAAAAAGGAUGUCACCCCGACACAGCCUUCGAUCAAGUGCGUCCUGGUGGGCGAUGGAGCCGUGGGCAAGACUAACCUGAUCCUUUCGUAUCUGGAGAACCGAUUCAAUCCGGAGCACAUACCCACAGCCUCAGACAUUUAUAAUGCCGAUGUCAAUGUAAACGAGAGUCCAGUGCACCUGACCAUAUGUGAUACUGCCGGCCAGGACACCUUGGAUCCGUUGAGGGAGCUCUGCUAUCCGGACAGCGAUGUCUUCCUGCUCUGCUUCUCGGUGGUGAAGCCGGAAACGUUUCGGGCCAUCAAGGCCAAAUGGGCACCGAAGUUUGCCAAGACCAAGGCCGCCCUGAUUUUGGUCGGUACCCAGGCCGAUCUUCGCACCAGCCCAAAUGUCCUUAACAAGCUGCAGACAAAUGGCGAGAAAGCAAUUUCAUAUACAGACGCCUGGGAUUUGGCAACAACAAUUGGCGCAAAAUACAUUGAGACUUCGUCAGCCACACAGGACAAAGUCAAGGAUGUAUUCGACACAGCCAUUUGGGAGGGCCUAGUGCCCACCACCCUGCCGCCCACGCCCUCGUUCUGGAGGAAGCUCUUCUGCCUGGCCUGAUGAGGAGGACAACCACCAACCCACUCACGAUUUAUUAUUUUUUUUAAUUAGCUAUAUUUUAUGACUAUUAUUUAUAUAAACAAAAAAAAAAAAAGAAACACCUUUGUUUAAGAGAUUUUCGUUUAGCAGUGCUCGCACACACAGACUGAUCUACACAUUAACUAAAAUAAUAAUUAAAAAAAAGCUAAAAAGAAAUGUAUUUUUAAUGCCCAAACGAAUAUGCUAUCAUUAUAGGUUUUAGCCUCUUACUCGUAUUCAUGUUCGUGGUUUUCUCUCAUAUAUACUUUAUUAUUAUUAUUUUUUUUUUUGCCUAAUUAUAGUUUUUAACUAUUUAAAUUUGAUUAUCGCUCGGACCCACGACUAUGUUACAUCAUUCCAUCCAUUAUUAAGCAUUAAGUUUUAAGCGAAUAUUUCAAAUAUUGUAUAUCGAAGGCAGUAUAAAAUAUAAAAACGAUGCAAAUCCACUAAA